AUGUCUGCCAUCAACACACGGUCGGAUCGUCUGACCAAGUAUCUUUGGGAGAUCAUCAAAGGAAAGAAAGCAGUCCAGAAUGCCAAUGACUUCAAGAGAUUCGUUGAAGCAAUUUUGGACCAGCAUGACCGCACUGUUACUGUUGAGCGUCUCAUGGCGAGCCCAAGCGCUUUGACUGCCCUUCACAGGGGCUUACGAUCUAACACGACGGCCGAAUUCAUCAACCAAUACACGGCUAAAUUAAUACAUUACUUUAGUGACCCGGGAAUCAAAAGCUUGUGUAACGGACAGUUUCUUGAAAAGCUGCUCAUCCUUAUCCUCGAACCGCGCACUCUCUGGAAUGCUUGGAUGGAAUCGUUUGCAUCUCGAUCACUGGACGACGACGCGAUUUACACGUUGACAUGGAUGAUGACAGAAUUGCUUUCUCUGCCAAACUCGAGUGGAGUGGAUAUCAUUGCAGAUGCGCAAGCAAUGGUGAAUGAUGGGUCCUUGCUUCGCUCUUCCUCUUUAGAGCUGCGCAACCUCGGGCAGAAACUCAAACACUUCCUGCAAGUGAAAUCUUCGGGAAGUACAAUCGAUGCGUCUGCAUUCACAGCAGGCGGUCGUCAUGAUAACGAUUUCCCCGAUUUCCGAAAUAUCGCGAUUUUUCCAACUUCAGACGAGUUCCAAUGUACAGAGAAGUCGUUCUUUCGCCGUGCCGAUGACAUCGAGGAACUUCCACCAGACCAGCGGGUGGCCGCCUACCUUGACAAUCAGUUUCGCCUUUCGAGGGAGGAUAUGCUUUCCGAACUACGUGAGGAUGUCCACAUCGCAAACGGGAGGAAAAAGGGACGAAGAUCUACCUUCCGCCUGAGGCAGCUGUCUGUUGCUCAGCUCUCCUGCGGCAGAGACAGUGAAAGAAGACUUCAUACUUGCUGUCUGGGGGUGAGAUAUAAGUCGGGUCUCGAGACAUUCACCAACCUUCCGGAAAAAGAACGUAAAAGAUACCUGAUGGAAAACCGGAACUUCAUGAAACACCAAGCUUUCGGGUGUUUGAUCCGGGGUGCUGAAAUCGUGGCGUUUGCAACGAUCGAGAGAGACAUUGACGCUCUGCUUGCUAAGAAACCGAUAGUCAUGCUCAGGAUUGCUGGAGACGAAGCCUUUAAGAAAACGUUAUUGUACCUCAAGUUAUACAGAGAUGUGGAUUUCAUACUUGUGGAAACGCCAAUGUUCGCCUACGAACCCGUCUUGAACUGCCUCCAACAGGCAGUGGAUAUCCCCUUGACAGAGGAAUUAUUCCUCUAUGAGAAGAACCAGCCAGCAAGAGAAUCGGGAUUGGUUCCUCUCGAUGUGGUCAAAAAUAUCGAGCAAAACGGAAAUGGUAAUAUCCAGAGCAUCCUGAGGACCCCCAAACCGGUGAAACUAGACCCUUCGCAGCUCGAGUCACUGGUUGCAGGACUGACUCAGAAAGUCAGUCUUAUACAAGGCCCCCCAGGCACUGGAAAAUCAUUCAUCGGCGCCCUUCUGGCGAAAGCUCUCCACGACCACACGAGCGAAAAGAUACUUGUCAUGUGUUAUACGAAUCAUGCUCUUGAUCAGUUUCUGGAAGACUUUUUAGAUAUCGGUAUCGACCGUUCAACCAUAGUCAGGAUCGGUUCCAAGUCUACGCCACGGACGCAGCAGUUCAGUCUGUCCGAACAGCGGUCAUCAUACAGAAGGCCACAAGAAUCGUGGAAUCUCAUCAAUAAAUUAAGGAGCGACGCAGAUACACUUAAAGACGUGGACUUGGAUGCGUCAUUUACGGCUUACCUCAACCUGGCUAUCACUCCACAUCUUGUCAUGGAUUAUCUGGAAUUCGAGGAACCGGAAAUUUACGAUGCCCUUGUUGUCCCAGAGGACAAGGAUAGCAUGACUAUUGUCGGUAAGAAAGGACAUGCAGUUGGGAACGAUUAUCUCUACACACGAUGGAUCCAGGGUCUGGAUGCUGGAGUGUUCAAAGACCGACUUCCAGAAUCCAGCCGCAGCGUUUGGGAGAUGAGAAAGGAAGCAAGGAAUGAGAAAUACAAGUCUUGGGAGCUUUUCUUGCUUGAUGAACAUGUCACGACUGUGAAGAACCAUGCUGCCCAGUUUAAUAAAUGCUGCAAGCAGUUAGACAGCAUCUGGGGGGAGAAAGACAGAGAGAUCCUAAGAUCCAAGCGCAUCAUCGGCUGCACAACUACGGCAGCGGCUAAAUAUUCAGAAGACAUUCGCAAUAUCUCACCCGGGAUCGUUCUCCUUGAAGAAUCAGGCGAAAUCCUCGAAUCACAUGUUCUCACAGCAUUGGCUCCAGACACAAAGCAGUUGGUGCUGAUCGGAGAUCAUCUGCAGCUCCGGCCGAAGAUCAACGAGUACGCAUUGAGUAUCGAGAAAGGGGACGGAUACAAUCUUAACGUUUCCACUUUUGAGAGACUAAUACAUGCUGGGUACCCACAUACGACAUUGCUCAAACAGCACCGAAUGUGCCCGGAAAUCUCAGCACUUCUUCGACGUCUCAUGUACCCGAACCUGGAAGACGACCCCAAGACAAUGAACCGACCCAAACCGCGAGGACUGCAGGAUCGCGUUGUCUUCUUCCAGCAUGAGCAUCCCGAAGUCAAUUUUGGGGAGAUACUCGAUAAACGGGAUGAAGGAUCUAAACAAAGCAAGAAGAAUAUUUUUGAAGCAGAGAUUGUAUUGCAGAUCGUGAAAUAUCUCGGCCAACAAGGGUAUGGAACCGACAAGCUAGUUGUCUUAACUCCUUAUCUAGGACAACUGCAUCUCCUCCGAGAGAUGCUAAGUAAACACAAUGACCCCGUCCUGAAUGACCUUGAUUCUUAUGAUCUAGUCAAGGCAGGUCUUCUGUCUCAAGCCGGAGCAAACCAUUCAAAGCGCCAGAUUAAGCUAUCGACAAUAGAUAAUUAUCAAGGCGAAGAAUGCGAGAUUGUGAUCGCUUCUCUAACCCGCAGUAAUGAUAAAGGCGACAUCGGAUUCAUGGCAGCCCCUCAACGUUUGAAUGUCUUGCUAUCACGAGCAAGGGACGUUCUAAUCAUGGUGGGAAAUGCGAACACAUUCACCUCAAAUCGGAGGGGACAAAAGUUCUGGAGACCUUUCUUGGAUCAGUUGAAGUCCAACGGGCAUCUCUACGAUGGACUGCCCGUCAAAUGUGAACAACAUCCUCAGAAAACAGCGAUUCUGAAAACGAAAGAUGAUUUUGAAACUGAAUGUCCAGAUGGUGGUUGUCCUUCACCAUGCGGUGUCAAGCUGCGGUGUGGGAUUCACGAAUGUCCGUCCAAAUGUCAUCAGCUAGUCGACCACUCUAAGAUGAUUUGCACGAGGAUUGUCGAGUGGACUUGUUCGCGUGGCCAUCGCAGUUCCCAGGCUUGUUCCCAAGUCAAAGGAGCUUGUCGGUUUUGUAAUGAAGAAGAUCGGGCGAAAGAACGCAAACGCCAACGGGACCUCGAGCUUGAUGCGGAGAGAGAGCGAAGACAAAGAGAAUAUACCCGUCAACUUGCUGAAGCCCAAGAUGAAAUCGCCCAUUUGCAGCGCAUACAACGGGACCGAUCUGAGGAAGCUGAGAGGACCAGAAUCCUCCGCGAACACUGGGAUCAAGUAGGCGAGCUGAAGAACCCCCCGAAAAGGCAAGGUGCAGUUGUUCAGAAGAGAACUUCGACCACCGUGGAUGAAAAGGAUACCAUGACAACAAGUCCCAAACCAACUACCGAGAAACAGGUUCCCCCAAAGAAUGGAGGAGUUGUAGAUCGAAAAGACAAUACUACGCCAAAGAAAUCACCUGCAAAGGAUGAUUGGGAAUACCAGAAACAGUUUCUCAAUGCUCAAAGUAAAGAAAUCGACAGGUUGAUGGAUAUGAUCGGUCUCGAAUCUAUCAAGGAGAAAUUUCUGUCUAUCAAGGCGAAAGUGGACGUAUGCUUCAGGCAGAACGUUGAUAUGAGCACAGAGAGGUUUGGAUCUGUUUUGCUUGGGAAUCCAGGUACAGGAAAGACAACAGUGGCACGACUCUAUGCUCGAUUUCUAGCCUCCGUAGGGAUUAUCCCAGGCAAAAAGUUCGUCGAGACGACAGGCUCAAGGCUGGCAAACGAGGGCGUCUCUGGAUGCCAGCAGACUCUCGAAAACAUUCUGAAUAGCGGUGGCGGGGCAUUGUUCAUUGACGAAGCGUAUCAGCUUGUACAGGGAAACAGCGCUGGAGGAAGCCAAGUGUUAGAUUUCCUCCUUGCGGAAGUGGAAAACCUCACGGGGAAAAUUGUGUUCAUUCUUGCGGGAUAUCAACGGCCGAUGGAGAAAUUCUUCUCCCAUAACCCAGGUUUGCCCAGUCGGUUUCCUCAUGAGCUGAAGUUCCCUGACUACGACGACGAGGAGUUAUUGGAAAUCUUUGGGUAUAGCAUCAACAAGUGCUAUAAAAAUCAAAUGAAAGUUGAAGAUGGGCUGAGAGGCCUCUACAGUCGCAUCGUCGCACGCCGUAUUGGACGAGGUCGUGGCCGCGAGGGAUUUGCCAAUGCAAGAGCGAUUGAAAAUUCUAGGUCCAGAAUUGCGGAGCGGCAGUCAGAGAGACUCAAACGCGAAAGACGAAACGGGGGCAGUCAACUAGAUGACUUUUUGUUGACUAAGGAGGAUCUCAUCGGGCCAGAGCCAUCUCAGGCCCUGGAGAAUUCGUCUGCAUGGCAGAAACUGAAAAGCAUGAUUGGUCUGGACUCAGUGAAGCAAACUAUCCAGUCACUUCUGGACAGUAUUCAAUAUAAUUAUCAUCGUGAAUUACAAGAACUGCCGCCAGUCGAAUUUACGUUGAACAAGGUCUUCCUGGGAUCACCUGGAACAGGUAAAACGACGGUUGCGAAACUGUACGGUCAAAUUCUGGUUGACAUUGGUAUGCUGUCGAACGGUGAAGUGGUGGUGAAGAACCCAUCAGACUUUGUUGGUAGUGUGAUCGGAGAGUCCGAGAAGAACACGAAAGGCAUACUUGCUUCUACCAUAGGUAAAGUAUUGGUCAUUGAUGAAGCCUAUGGGCUUUUCGGAGGAUCUACUUCAGAUGGCACUGGGCCGAAAAGCGACAUAUUCCGAAGCGCUGUGGUAGACACCAUCGUGGCCGAGGUACAAAGCACGCCUGGCGAAGACCGAUGUGUUCUACUUUUGGGUUACCAGGAUCAAAUGCAGCAGAUGUUUCAAAACGUCAACCCGGGCCUCAGUCGCCGGUUCCCACUCGAUCAGGCGUUUGUAUUUCAGGACUUUACCCAGCAGGAGUUGGAUCAGAUCCUUACCCUGAAACUAAAGGAGCAAGGGUUCAGUGUCACCGACCUUGGUCGGAAAGUGGCAUUGGAGAUGUUAGAAAGAGCACGCAACAGACCUAACUUUGGAAAUGCAGGCGAGGUGGACAUCAUACUCAACUCUGCAAAAAUGAGGCAUCAGAGACGGCUCUCAUCUAAUCAACAUGCCCUCGGUUCGUUCUCGUCUACUCUGGAUGCCGUGGACUUUGAUGAAGACUUCGAUCGUGGCGAGCGAGAUGACAGGAGCGUGAGAAAGCUAUUUGAGGGGGUGGUCGGAUGUGAAGAGAUCAUUGCCAAGUUAGAGGGUUACAGGAAAAUAGUCAAGACGAUGAAACAGUUAGACUGUGAUCCGCGCAAGGAAGUUCCAUUUAACUUUCUUUUUCGUGGUCCUCCAGGUACCGGGAAAACGAGCACAGCAAGAAAAAUGGGACAAAUAUACUAUGAUAUGGGUCUAUUAGCUUCAGCAGAGGUCGUUGAAGUCUCGACUACGGACUUGGUUGGACAAUACGUAGGACAAACUGGUCCGAAGACACAACAAACGCUUGAACGUGCACUUGGUAAAGUCCUGUUCGUUGACGAGGCGUAUCGCCUUGCCGACGGGCCAUUUGGGCAAGAGGCCAUGGAUGAAAUCGUGGACCGUAUCACGAAGCCCCAAUUCGCGCAAAGACUAAUAAUCAUCCUCGCCGGUUAUGAUGCGGAUAUCAACCGCUUGAUGUCGAUGAAUUCAGGACUUACGAGCCGUUUCCCAGAGUCAUUUCAGUUUAACGCCUUACCUUCUUCCGAUUGUAUCACCCUCCUCACUUCGUUGUUCCAGAAGCGGAAACGUGACAUUCUAAAGAACGCGAAUGUGGAUUUCGACCUUGGUAUCCUCGAAUGUCCAAGCAAUGACUUUCAUGAGGAUCUAUGUGAGCGUUUCGAUCUGCUGUCCACUAUUGCCAGCUGGGCAAACGCACGUGACGUUGAUACCCUUGCCAACGAUAUUUUCAGAAAGAUUCUCCAAGAUGUCAAGGGAAGAAGUCUUGUAUUGACAGAAACAACCGUGCUUCAAAGUCUGGACCAGAUGGCGAACGAACGCUUGAAGAGAGAAGGGUGUCUACCGACACACCAUCUGCCUUGGCAGGAUUUGAAGAUGGCUUCGAUGGGACCCCCUGCUGACGUCAAUAGUCAGAGCUCAUCCAACGCAAAAAUAGCAACAAGCGAUAAAUCUGAUGUUAAGACACAUUCACCCGGUACCCACUCGCCUACGGACAACGAACCGCGAGACAACGGCGUCACAGAUGAAAUAUGGAAUCAACUCCAACAAGACAAGGCCGCUGCUCAGGUUAGAGAGAAAGAAUAUUUGGAUUUGCAAGAGGACGAGAAAACCCAAGAGAAGGCUCAUCAGAAAGCCAAGGAAGACGAGGACAAUAUCAUUAGAGAAAUGGAGGAUGCACGACAAAGAGCAGACGAUGAGGCUAGGGUCCGCCAUGAACAAGCUCGACUGCAGCGUGAGCUAGAACGACGCAAACGGGAAGAAGAACUAGACAAAAUCCGCAAAAUGAAAGAGCAAAUGGAACAAGAGCGCCGCAGAGAGCAAAAGGCUCAGGAGAAAUUGCGGAAAAUGGGCGUCUGUGUUGCGGGUUUCUGUUGGAUAAAACAGAGUGGCGGUUAUCGCUGUGCUGGUGGCAGUCACUGGGUGUCGGAUGCACAGGUUGCUUGUUGACGCGGGCUUCGGUACAUCCAUCCCUGGGAGACGGAAUAACUCUACUAGCUAGAAACUUUACUAUCAUCAUAAUAGAUCAGUAUUGAAAUACAGGAUAUCAUGAUAUAGUAUAGGUCUCGGUA